AGUGUGUACAAUGCAGGCGUUCUCUAGGGCCAGAGUGUUUCUAUCUCCAUAAACCUGGGUGCUAGGUACCCAAGGCACAAAGACCUUGUGAACUUAUUUACCGGUAGAGAAAAGGCAGUAUCUCAGGAGGUGGCAGGUAUGUUUGAGCCUCAGGUGGCUUGGCUGCUGGCAAACAGCUGGUGCCUCUGCCCCUCCCAGGUCCUGCCACAUACCUCAUUCUCCAGCCCCACCUGCUCCACUUACUCUUCGGAUUACACACUGUUGGGUUGUGAGGGGAGUCCAGGGGCUGAAGCGCUGAGACAAGGAGCCAGCUCCCCAGUUAGGACCUGAUUAGCACAAGCUCACAUCCUGGGAACUCUGGUUUGGAAACAGGGGGACCUAGAAAACGUCUUAUUUCCACUAAGAGAAAAAUGGCUGAACUCAAUACUCAUGUGAAUAUCAAGGAAAAGAUUUAUGCAGUCCGAUCAGUUGUCCCCAACAAAAGCAAUAAUGAAAUAGUGCUGGUGCUACAACAAUUUGAUAAUAACGUGGACAGAGCAGUUCAAGCCUUCAUGGAUGGCAGUGCAAUUCAGGUACUGAAAGAGUGGAAUAUGACUGGGAAGAAGAAGAACAAUAAAAGAAAACGAAGCAAGUCUAAGCAGCACCAAGGCAAUAAAGAUGCUAAGGAUAAGGUGGACAAGGCAGAAACAGCCUCCCUGGGGCCCCCAGAAACGUACAACUGCCACGUGAAUGGCUGUGACAAGGAUAACUCCUCCACUGAGUCUGCCCAUGAAAAAACAGAAAGGCCCCCUCGAGAGAAGAAAUCCUUAGCCACUGAGGAGCCGCUUCAGGCACCAGCAGAAGCUGCAGAAGGCAGCAGGCUGCAGCGACAGAGGCUAUCUCUAGAAGUGAACCCAAAACCUAUGCCCACAACAGAGAGGUCAGAUGGUCUGCAAGCUUCGGCCCAGCAGUACUGUAACACAAGCAGACCGAAGUCAAAAACACCUAUUGUUAAGUCAUGUGCCCCUGCAACUCAUCCUGAAGUAACAGCUGAUGAUUUGCUGAAAAAGAGAGGUCCCAAUAUUGAGAAAUCAGUGAAGGACUUGCAGCGAUGCACUGUGUCUCUGACCAGAUAUCGAGUAAUGAUCAAGGAGGAAGUAGAUAGUUCGGUGAAGAAGAUCAAAGCAGCAUUUGCCGAGUUACACAGCUGCAUCAUUGACAAAGAAGUUUCAUUAAUGGCAGAAAUGGAUAAAGUUAAAGAAGAAGCAAUGGAAAUUCUGACUGCUCGUCAGAAAAAAGCUGAAGAAUUAAAGAGACUUACUGAUCUAUCCAGUCAGAUGGCUGAGGCACAGCUGGCUGAACUCCGGGCGGAAAUUAAGCACUUUGUCAGUGAACGCAAAUACGAUGAAGAGCUAGGAAGAUCUGCCAGGUUCUCCUGUGACAUCGAACAGCUAAAGACCCAAAUCAUGCUCUGUGGAGAAAUUUCACAUCCGAAAAACAAUUACUCCUCAAGAACACCCUGUAGCUCACUGCUGCCUGUGGUGAAUGCACACACCACAACAUCUGGGAAACAGAACACCUAUAAUCGAAAACCACCAAGUCAUAAGACCUCUGACAACAAAGCAGCUCUCAUUAAAAUGCCAAGUAAUCCUCCAAACACCAAUGAAACCUCUCCCCAAGUCAUACCAGCUACCAAACAGAAUGGCCCUUCUAGCCAGAGACGAAGAUUUAAUCCACAGUAUCAUAACAACAGGCUGAAUGGGGCUGCCAAGUCACAAGGCAACGUUAAUGAAGCAGAUUAUCCCAUAAAAGGCAACCCGAGACAUGAUCAUAGAAGACAACAGCACAAUAGCUUCCGGCCGAAAAAUAAGGGCAUCACCAAAAACCAAGAGCAACCCAUGGCAACCAAGGCCUCUGAGAACCUGGCCCAUUCAGAAAAGCCCAGGCGAAAGCAGCAUGCUGUAGACACCCCUGAGGCCAGGCCUUUCCGUGGGAGUGUUGCUAGGGUUACUCAAUGUAAUCUCUGUCCCACAAGGAUAGAAGUGUCAGCAGAUGCUGCAGUUCUCUCUGUGCCAGCUGUGACUUUGGUGGCCUAAACUAUCAUUCCUAAGAAAGAGAAAAGCAGCUUUCACCCAGUUUUGGUUCCCUGCCCAAGGUGCUGAUCUAAUUGCUGCCAAGAGAGUUGAUCAGAGUAUGCAAAUCCUAUAUUGUCAAGACAUCUUCUCUUGAUAAUUUGUACCCAUUCUAAUAAUCAGCUAUAGCUUGCUUCAUACCUUUCAUGGCUUUGCUUGAUGCGUUGAAGCUUCUUUUCAUCAAGACAUUGCAGCAUUUUAGCCAAGCAGUAUUUACUCAUUCAUUAGGAGAAUCAAGAUGUAAACUAAAGAUCAAAUGCCCAGUAGCAACUUUAUUAUGUCGUAGCAGUUGUAUCAGUCUGUUGUUUGUUUUUAGAGAAGUUAAUGUUGCAAAACAAAUCCUGAAGAUCAGGCAAAAGUGAUCCAAGAUGUGCGCUUUUGUAGAACUUAACAUCUGGUGUUUUCUGAAAAAUUAUAUAUGUAUAUUGCUUUAUUAAAAUCGCUACAUUUGA